GAGAGCCUCCUCCCAGGAGCAGGAGAAGCUAUGACGCCGUUGAGGUACGCCGCCUCACCUCACCUGCAGCCGCCCUUCCUGGGCUACAAAUCCUCCAACGUUGAUGGCCGAUCAAGAACGCGGCAGCAGGCCAUGAUCGCCGAGCGCAGCAGCAGCAGCAGCACAAGUGGGCGAGGAGGACAGCUGGAGGACAGGAUCAGGGAGCAGCUCCUCAACGCCGAGCUCUCGCCGUCGUCGUACGACACGGCCUGGGCCGCCAUGGUUCCGGCGCCGGGGUCCCUUGCGGCGUCGCGGUACCCGCAGUGCGUGGAUUGGAUCUUGCGGAACCAGCGCAGCGACGGGUCGUGGGGGUUGGACCCUUCGCUGCGCAAGGACGCGCUCUCGUCCACGUUGGCGUGCGUCCUCGCGCUCAGGACCUGGGGCGUCGGGGAGGAGCACGUCGGGAAAGGGCUCCGCUUCAUCGGACACAACUCCACCUCUGUGACGGACUGCGACAAGUGCGACACGCCAGCAGGGUUCAACGUCAUCUUCCCCGGCAUGCUCGAGCGCGGCAUUGGCAUGGGGCUGGAGAUCCCUCUGGCCCAUGCGGACCUUGACGCCAUCCUCCGGCUGCGUGACACGGAGCUAAAAAGCAUAGCUGCUUCCGGAAGAAGUAAAGCUUACAUGUCCUACGUAGCAGAAGGUCUGGGGGACCUACUGGACUGGGAUCAGGCCGCCAUGGCUUACCAGAGGAAGAACGGGUCCUUCUUCAACUCGCCGGCCACAACGGCCGCAGCUGCCAUCCACAACGGCUACAACAAGAGAGCCAUCGGUUACUUGGAUGCUCUCAUCAGCGAGUCUGGCAGCAGCUCGUCAGUACCGGCUGUGUAUCCACGGAAGGUGCACAGCCAGCUCCGCAUGGUGGACACCUUGGAGAGGAUGGGGAUCUCUCCCAGCUUUUCCUAUGAAAUAAACGCCAUACUUGACAUGACAUACAGUUCGUGGCUGCGCAAUGACGACGAGGUAAUGCUGGACAUGGCGACCUGUGCGAUGGCGUUCCGGCUCCUUCGUAUGCACGGAUACCACGUCUCAUCCGAUGCGCUAGCUCAAUUCAGCGAAGAAUCCAGUUUCCACGACUCCAUCGAAGCGCAUCUGAACGGCACGGAGGCGUUGCUAGAACUGUACAAGGCGUCGCAGGUUCAGAUCUUGGAGGAGGAGCCGGUCCUAGAGAGCAUCUUUUCAUGGUCAGGAAAACUGCUGAGGCGAAAACAGUGUUCCGAUUCCGACGAUCCGGCAGAGGUAGAACAUGUGCUCAAGUUCCCCUCCUACGCGACCCUGGACCGGCUGGAGCACAGGAGGAACAUAGAGCGUUUCAAGACAGGCGGCUUCCAGAUGCUGAAAUCAGCAUUCCGCGUUUCUCACGCAGAUGAGGAAAUUCUGACGCUGGCAACCGACGGAUUCCACUCCUCCCAGGCUGUGUACCAACAAGAGAUUGAGCAGCUCAACAGGUGGGUGAAAGAGGUGAGGCUGCCGGAGCUGGAGUUCGCGAGAGUACUGCCUCUGCCCAUCCUUUUCUCGGCAGCAGCCACCAUGUUCCCCGCCGAACUGUCGGAGGCUCGCAUCGCGUGGAGCAAGAGCUCCGUGCUCACCACCAUCGUGGACGACCUGUUCGACACCGGGGACUCCAUGGAGGAGCUGGAGAAUCUCGUCACGCUGUUCGACCUGUGGGACGCGCACCAGGAGGCUGGCUUCUACUCGGAGCGGGUGGAGAUCGUCUUCCGCGCCGUCUACGACACGUGCAAGCAUCUGGUGGGCAAGGCCGCGGCGGUGCAGAACCGCGGGGUCAUGGACCACAUCGCCGACCUUUGGGUGGACGUCGUGAGGGCCAUGAUGCCCGAGGCGGAGUGGAGGAUGAGCGGCCGGGUGCCGUCCAUGGAGGAGUACCUGCCGAUCGGGGAGGUGUCGUUCGCGAUCGGCCCCAUCGUCCCCAUGGCCGCCUACCUGGUUGGGCCAGAGCUCCCGGAGGACGUGGUGGGGAGCGCCGAGUACGAGGAGAUGCUCAGCCUCGUCAACCUCUCGGGGCGCCUCCUCAACGACCUCCAGACGUACGAGAGGGAGAGGAAGCAAGGGAAGAUCAACAGCGUCCUGCUGCUCGCCGAUCCGUCCUACUGCGGCUCCGUCGAGGCGGCAACCCGGGAGGUGAGGAGCGUCAUCGAGGCCUCCAGGAGGAAGCUGCUGAGGCUGGUGCUCAGAGACGGGGCCGCGGUGCCCCGCCCUGCGAGGCAGCUGUUCUGGAACAUGUCCAAGGUGCUCCACCUGUUCUACAUGGACAGGGACGGCUACUCAUCUCCGCUCACGAAUGCCAUCGACGAGGUGUUGAUCAAGCCGCUCCAGAUGGGAAGGAGACGAGAAGAAGAUCAACUCCCCGGUCGCGUCCGGUCAAACCAAAACUAGGCGCAUCUUCCGCGACGUACGGCAUACAAAUGCUGACCGGAGGCGUUCAGGUUAAUUUGUAGUCCCAAAAUAAAUAUUUUUUAAAAUAAAAAAAACAUUCGAGAGGCGAUAGCAAAAAAGUAUGUAGCGUAAUCUACAUUUCUUUCUCCAAGGAUCUGUUAAAUUUGGCAGUUGGCGUAAUUAUUUUUUUAUAAACAGGAGGGGAGGCUCCCUUACUGCAUUUCAUUGCAAAAAGGAAAUUAUGUACAAACAAAGAAGAAGACAAUUACACGUUUCACCUAUAUAUGUAUCCACUCUAGUAUUACAGCUUGAAUGUU